AACCAACUGAAACGGACAAGGGAUUUUAAAAGACAACCCAAGUAAACCAACGUCGAAUUUAUAAAUUUUUAAACAAAAAUAAGCUCCGGUUUUUGAAGAAGCUUUUUUGAGCAACGACAAAUCUAUCUAUUGCCCAUGGAUAAAUUGCCACAUGGGGACACUUGGAGCAAGGUCACACAGAGUCAGGCAGGCAGGCAGGCAGACCUCCCGCAUCCAGACGAUAUGGAUCGCUCCCCCACCACCAGCAGCCUGAUGGCCAGCAACGUGACCAACAAGACGGACCCGCGCUCCCUCAACUCCCGGGUCUUCAUCGGGAACCUCAACACGUUGCUGGUGACCAAGGCGGACGUGGAGGCCAUCUUCUCCAAGUACGGCAAGAUCGUGGGCUGCUCCGUGCACAAGGGCUUCGCCUUCGUCCAGUACGCCAACGAAAGGAACGCCCGCGCGGCCGUGGGCGGGGAGGACGGCAGGAUGAUCGUGGGACAGGUGCUAGACAUUAACCUAGCAGGCGAGCCGAAGCCACACAGAUCCAAGACAGUGAAACGUUCUGCAGGGGACAUGUACAGGUGAGAGUUCAUCCGCUCUGCUGUGCCUCACUCUGAUGUACCACUGCACUGGAAGAAUCUCUAUUUAAAAUACACGUUUACUUACUACUUACUAACCGAGAGUGAGUUCAUGCCGGGAAAUAUCA